AUGAACUCCACAGCAUCACUUGACAUGGAGAGUGUCAACCGCUGCCUCAAUGAUCGGUCUUUAAACUCAGCAUUACUCACAGACAGUGGACAUGAUGCUAAAAGUGAAGAUCCUAAUAUGGAGAUGUCAGAUUCCAGCCCACUGUUUGAUCGAACCAAAAAAAUGUUUACAACUAACCCCAACUACACAGUAACUUGUACAGUCAACAUUGCACUAGCUGUCCUUAAAGACCAAGAAGAGAAUGUGGAGUAUUCAACUACGUCUGAGAAAGAGAAAAGGAAAAAAGGGCCAAAGAGAGAACCAUACAGUGAGGUAUUGGAGGCCCCCAGAGCCGAGAGCUAUUAUUGCAUUGAGUACAAUAUGCUUCCUGAUGACCCUGAGCCGACCAGAGUGGAUCUAGUGAUGUUUGGCUUAGCAGCUAAAGUCUACAUGCAGUAUGAGACUAAGGUGCUGAAGCCUUGGCGAGAAGGAAACAAGAUGUGGGUGGGUUGGUCUCAGACUUUGAAGCUCAACGUGACCAGAGAGCUCCUCAUUAAAAUGGCCACCCAUAAGAUUAUGGUUAGAGUGUGGGACAGCAAUGAUAAGGUGUCCUUCAAAGCCAGGAAUGACAGACCCAAAGCCUUCAGACUGCCACAGGAGCCAAAUCAAAUGGGUGGCAUUAUGAAGAUGGUUUGUAAGCUGAGAGCUACCUUUGAGAGGGACAAUCUGAGAACGAAGACAUCUAAAAAACACCAGAGAGAUCCAGAACCAACUGAUGAUAGGAAGCUCUCUGAGCUAAGCUGUGCCACAGUCACUAUUAAGGGUGGCUUUGCAAAAGAAAAGAAGACACUCUAUCAGAAACCCAUCCAGGACAACGCAGUACUUUUGGAGGUCACACCAAAAAAGGAGGUCGCUUCAUUGGAACUUUCUUUCGCUUCUCUACUUGCAGGGAGCACGACACUCACUGACUGCCUGGGAUUUUGCUCUGGUGGAGUAAAUGAAGGAUUCUGGAAUGUCACUCUGGACCAGCCGCUUUUAUCUGAGCAGCUAAAGGCUGAGCUUAACCCACUGGUCAUCACUAUUUUAUCUGCUUCAUCUCUGCCAUCCUCUCCUGUCCCUUUUCAUAUACUUAAGGCAACAUGUCUUCCUGUCUACUGCCAGUACAAGUUCCACAACAUGCCUGUUUACAGAACUAAAGGCCACGAUCACAAUGCAGAUAUCUACUUCAAGGAUGUGAAUGUCAUUUUUACUGGUCUACUAAGCCCUGGAAAGCUGCGUGAGUAUCUCACAGGCCCACCUUUGGAGAUCGAAGUCCACGAUCGAGACAGGAAAACUGAAAAACCCUCAAAAAUUCCAGCCGUAUUCGGCACUGAACCCAAUGAUGACAAACUAGGAGUUGUGGAUCUAGGUAUCACCAAACGGACAACUACACUCCAAAACCCAUACGGCAUAGCAAAGCUGGAUCUGUUAGAUCUCCUUCAAGGACAGAAAUAUUUGAAGCAGAGAUUGCCAAUUAGGCAUUCAAAUAUUCAGCAAAGUGAACUGGAGAGAACAAUGCUUCAGACUAGCUCCUUUGAGGUUCCUUUAGAUACCUCAAUGUCCAUGGGCCGUUAUCUUGAGGCUGACUCCCAACUAAAAGUUCAGGUGGAGAUAGCGUAUCCCCUACAUUCUGGGAGUGGAAACAGUGAAGGAGAUUGCCCAUUUUGUCGCAUCAUUUAUGUUUUCAAGUAUAAUAAUACUCCUGUCUUAGCCAAACUGACAUCUGAAAUUCUGCAAAUCAAUGCGGAAGCCUUCCAACUGGAUUGUUAUCCAAUUGAAACAAUUCAGAGAGUCCUGUCUGGUCAUAAAAUGAGUGCCAAAGAAAGAGAGAAAAAAACCCUGAAUGUUCUCACUGGAUUUCAUCUGAUGGACAAGGCUGUACAUCUUUUUGUUCUGGAAGGAUUGAAGGAUCAAGCUGUCAAAAGACUGUGGACCUCAAUGCCGAUGAAGUUGAAUGGAGAUGAGGAAGAAAAGGUGACUGUUUUAUAUAACUCAAGCUUGAGUUUCUCAGAACGAUUGUAUGACACGCUUGAUGUAGGUCUGAGUCCGAUUUGCCUUCUGAAGCCAUUGGAGAACAUCAUUAAGGAACCUCUGGUGUUUAUCAGAAAUGUAGUCCAUCACGACUGCCUCGAAGCCAUGAAUCGUAUAAGCCAGCUCUGCCAAGUCAAGAGGCUUAAAGACGCAGUACACCGCAACCUGUUCCCAUCAACUGACAUGAUUCUUAGUUUGACCAAAGAAUUUGGAUUGGAUCUUGGGAGAGGAGAGCUAAGGUUGGUGACAGAAACAGAGGAAGCUCAGGACAUAGCCAAUAAUAACUAUGUCACAAAGACAACAAGCAAACCUCUUGCUAGCUUCAACAGAGAGUAUUUCCAAAGGAAACAGCAGCAGUGUAACAACGUGAAAGACUUCAUUCAGGCAAAUAUUGAAGAUAUCCACAGGGCAAGUAGUGCCUUACAAAAAUCGACGGCAAAUAUGCUUGUGGGCAAUGUUGCUGAUGGACAGGCUGUUAAUUCCUACAACUUUCAAAUGAUGAAGUCCACAGCUCAGAGUAGAGAACUACUUUACAGAGAACUGGCAAAGGACUCCAUUUGCAUUCACUUCACUUACCCUGGUUUCAAGAGCAGUUUUGAAUCUAACCAGCACUCAAAGCGACCAGACGAUGCUCGUAUAGAGGAGCUGAGAAAGCCUUGGAGAGAAAAUAUUCUUCAUGGGAACAAACUUAGGCCAAUCCUGUCUAGAUCCAGACUGCCAUGGAAUCAGAGAAAUCAGGAUUUUGACCUUUACUCCAAGCCACCAUUACUGUUUGGACCAGACCUGCCCCAAAGCAUCCAUUUGGCUGGAGAGACUCAGUUUCAGUCUGAACCUGUUCAGUACAACAGGCAGCUUAAGAAGAAGAUGCUUGAUGAGACUUCUCAAGAAAGUGGAAGAGUUCCUGAGUUUAAAUGUCACAUGAAGAGAGCGGGCCUGGAUAAACUACAAGACAUACUUAAGGACAAGCCCAUGAAAUAUUCUCUAAAGAGGCCAGGGAUGACUUUAAAGCCCAUUCCAGCUAUUUCUGUGGUCCAGCAAACCAAGUCGACCGGCUCAGCAAAGAGAGAAGCCAAUAUUCCAUUCACUCCUGGACACUUUCAGAACCACAAAUUGAGCUGGGACAAAAACGCUGUCCCAAGACACUCACCCCAAUACAACAAGUUCCACCUUAGAGAUGACUGGAGGCCACAUUCAUUUUAGCACAAUCGAUGUGCUUUGCCACUUACAGAUGAAGAGAAAAUUCCACAGACACCUACAGUACAUUAACUGCAACCAGCAAAG